CUGUUUGAAGAGCAAGGUCUCGAGGGCUUCCUUGAUGUCCCUCAUGGCCAUGCAGCCAUGGCAUACAGCGCCGUCUGCAACGCAGAAGAAGCAGCGAGGCAUGCGAAACUAGCUGCUGAGAUCCUGGCUGUUAAGCUGGCGCCAACAGUUCCGGGUGUGGCGGAGUGGGAGGAGAUGGCUGCUGAUGUGAAGGCGCAUUGGAGUUGGGGGAAGAGG